AUGAAAGACCUGUCCCAAAAGCUCUGCUGGAAAUCUGAACGGGUGAAAGAGGCACCAAAACCUGUUCAUGAUGCGCCGCCUGUGCAACGGCCAGUGCAUGAUGCACCGCCUGCUGAUGCGCUGCCCGCCCCAAAGAAGAGUCACGUCUUUCAGGCUGAGACCGUGACCCAGCAAAUCGACAAGGCGAAUGCAGAGCUCAGGCGCUUGAAGCUUUUGCAAAUGAUGCAAUGGGAACGUCAGAAAUUGGCCGACCUGCUUGCCAGGAAGAACGGCAGUAUGGACAACCUGGACACUUUGCCCAUGGGCGAUGCAGAAGCUGACCGCCUGGCUCAACUAGAGGCGUUUGAUAGCCCGCAAGAGUACCAGACCACUGACAUGAACGGCAACGUU